AGCACAUCGGGACCAUCUAUGAUUUGAUGGUGUAACUUUUUUUUGGUUAUAUAUAUGUUGUUUUGGAUUUCCCUGUAGGGAUGGAGUACACAUCUUUUUCUUAAACAGCCAAGACGUCUCAGUGAGUAGUUUGAAACUGUGAUGUGGAGCAGCUGCUGCAACAGCCACCAUCUAACACCUCUGGACAGGCACCAGGUUACUCACAUCCAAAUAUGCGCGUAAUUGGAGUGCACUUGCGAGGCAUCCCUUGCAACCCAUGCGGGAUAACGUCGUCGUGAUGUUCAAUACUUCGGGAAUUGAGCUCACUUUUACUAAGAAGGAGGAUAUUUCCGAAGUUAUCAAUGGCUCUCUGCAGCUUCUGUACGACGCCUUCACCACCAUCGGUCCCACGGCCAUGUGGAACCAGUCUUGCGGGGAGCAGCUGCAGGAUUUCGGGCGUCCGGAGAAGAUCAUCAUCGGGGUGAUGCUGGCCAUCAUCACGGCGGUCACUGUCAUGGGAAAUACGCUGGUGGUGAUCGCGGUGUCUGUGGUGAAGAAGCUGAGGCAACCUUCAAACUACCUGCUGGUGUCUCUGGCAGUGGCGGACCUGUCCGUGGCCAUAGUGGUGAUGCCGUUUGUGAUAGUGACAGAUCUCACCGGGGGAAAGUGGCUUUUUGGAGAGGUGUUCUGCAACAUCUUCAUCGCCAUGGAUGUAAUGUGCUGCACUGCCUCCAUCAUGACCCUGUGUGUGAUCAGUGUCGAUAGAUAUCUGGGCAUCACACGGCCUCUCACCUACCCAGCGCGGCAGAACGGUCAGCUGAUGGCGAAGAUGAUCCUGGGCGUGUGGCUGGUGUCGGCCUCCAUCACGCUGCCGCCUUUCUGCGGCUGGGCCAAGAACGUCCACACAGCCGGCGUGUGCCUCAUCAGCCAGGACUUUGGCUACACCAUCUACUCCACAGCUGUCGCCUUCUACAUCCCCAUGCUGGUCAUGCUGGUCAUGUACUACAAGAUCUUCAAGGCGGCGCGCAAGAGUGGCGCCAAGCACCGCUUCACCGACCUUGCUCGCCGCGAGCGCCUCAGCACGGUGGCCAACGAGGCGCUGAGGAUGCAGGGCCUGAAGCCUGCCGGCGUGGCGGAGGAGUGCGUCGCCCUUUCCCGCCUGCUGAACCGAGAGCGCAGAAACAUCUCCAUCUUCAAGCGGGAGCAGAAAGCGGCGACGACACUGGGGGUGAUCGUCGGGGUGUUCGGCGUGUGCUGGCUGCCGUUCUUCAUCCUCUCCACCGCCAGGCCGUUUAUCUGCGGCGUGGAGUGUAGCUGCGUUCCCAUCUGGCUGGAGCGAACCCUGCUCUGGUUGGGUUACGCCAACUCCCUCAUGAACCCCUUCAUCUACGCCUUCUUCAACAGAGACCUGCGCUCCACUUACCGGGACCUUCUGCGCUGUCGCUAUCGAAACAUCAACCGCCGGCUCUCCGCUGUGGGCGUGCACGAGGCUCUCAAGGUUUGAGAUGCUGGGUUUGACUCUUCAACAAGAGGCGGUUUGGAGGCCGUGUGAUUGUACACCUGGUGCUUAAAGGGCGGCGUUGUACCGAGCAGGCGUGCAGAUAAGACUGGCAGAAGAGGAGUCUCUGUGCUGCAGGGGGCUUUCUGGCCUCUCUGCAAAUCACAUCCUUCUGUGUGUGUGCGUCCCAGUCUUUCUAUUUUUGGAAAGAAAAUCAUGGAGCGUACUUGAUAGGCUAUUCAUGUCGACAACGCUUUUGUGCAUAUGCCACCAAUCCGGAUUAAUGGAAGGGUAAUGUGACAAAGGAAAUGAUAUGUAAACACAAUUAAUCAAGGGAACAGAAGCAAACAGAUCUCUGUACAUUAAUGAAAUUGAUGUUUGAUAAGGGAGAACAAUUGUUUAUGUGACACAGUUUCUUCAUCAAAACACCCAUUAGAGAACAUCACAGAUCCAUUUCAGACAGAGGAAACACUUUGAGCUGUAUUGUGCUUUGUGCCAGGAUUACAUUUAUUUAUUUAUUUAUACCACUUUGACUCCAGCUAUACUUUUCAAUUUGGUGCUCUCACUAAAUUUAACCGGAGCACUUUGAUUGUUUCACAAAACAUGUGGUGAUGCCAAGUGAGCGGAGGCGGGUGGAAAACAUGGUGUUGAAUGCAGAAUGAAGGGAACAUUUUCCAUUCAUUAAACCUCAAUAUUUGUUGCUAUAAAAGUACAACUGAAAGUAGUUUGUUUAGUGUUUGCAUGAAACACAUGUUUACCUACAUGUACGGUGGGCAGCAGGUGCAAACGCGCCACAAACAAACAUUUCCAUUGGAAGAAACGUGCAGCUUGAAACGGAUGCGAAUAUAAGAACACAAAUGUGCCAAAACACUUGCAAAUGAAACAACAUCUUCACUUGUGCACCAAAUUUACUGCAUCAACAAGACUCUGCAAGAAGCUCAAACCACAACGGAGA